GAAGUAUCAUCCCUAAAAUCAGAAUUUUCAUCUUUUAAAGAAUCCAUGGCGCAGCUGAUAUCCUCUAGGACAAAUCUGAAAUCCACAGUAUUAGAUAAUUCAGCUAAUCUCAACCUAAACCAACCGGCCUCAUCAUCAAGCCAGGGACACUUAGUGAAAAAGGGAAAGACUACGACUUGCAGUAAUACCGGGGACGUAAUCGAAGUUCUUCUUACUAGUAUCCGUGGGGUUACUGUCGCUAGAGGGAUUAUCUUGAGUAAGGAUCCGCUCACAAAAGUAGGCGGGUUCCCACUUGGAAAUGGUUUUUGGGAAGUAUAUAUUCAGGUGGCAAUUGUACGUGAAGAGACUUUGAUGAGACCCUAUGGACGAUACAGAACAAUUGGGGAUGCGGCUGGAACAAGUAUUUGUUGGCCUGAUUGUUGUUGUUUGGUUGUGACAACUAUGGAUUGAGCUAAAUGGAGGGAUCUCUCUCUCUCUCUCUCUCUCUCUCUCUCUCUCUCUCUCUCUCUCUCUCUUUGUUAUUUCUGAAAACAAAAAUAAUUGAUUUUGACAGUUGGUUGUGACAGCUAAUGUUUGUUUCAUGUUAGUAUUUUUGCUUGACUAAUCUACAAAGAUUUAUAUUGUGAUUUGUUUCAGCUUUUCAUCUUCUUAUGCGUAACAGAAGGUACACAUUUCUAUUAUGAUUUGUUUUGAUUUUUUCUCUGCUUAUGCGUAAAAUAUUUUGAUUUAAAUAUUAAGAACUACGUAGUGGCUUGAUCCCAAUCUUCCGAACAAUGGGUACGUAGGCAGUCGUUCAUACUAGACCGUAUCGGU